AAUUAUUGAAGGAGUUCCAAGACAUUCUUCCAUACGAUCUUCCGAACGAGCUACCGCCAUACCAAACACAUCAACACGAGAUCGUGGAGGAACCGGGUUCGAAGCCGACCUUCCGAGCACCAUAUCGGCUCAGCCCUACAAAGCUGGCUGACAUGAAAAAACAGAUCAGGUAUCUCCUAGCCAAAGGACUCAUCCGACCAUCCACUUCGCCGUACGGUGCCCCAGUACUCUUCACACCGAAACCGGACGGAAGCCUGCGCAUCUACGGUAUUUUCCAAGCUGGAUCUGCGGUCCAGAUACUGGCAGAUAAGGAUGGCGGACAGCUCUAUCCACAAAACUGCUUUCCGAACUCGGUAUGGAUCGUACGAGUAUUUGGUAAUGCCAUUCGGACUCACCAACGCACCGGCAAUAUUCCAAGCCGAAAUGAACCACAUUCUACAAUACUUUUGGACGAGUGCGUGGUGGUAUACCUGGACGCCAUCCUCAUCUACUCGCGCGACAUGAAGCAGCACGUCGAACACCUGCGACGCGUCUUCAAAACUCUUCGACAAGAACGAUUCUACGUCAAACUGUCCAAGAGCGAAUUCGCCCUUGAGAAGGUCCAGUUCCUAGGACACAUGGUGAGCGCUCAAGGAGUUCACGUCGACCCCAAGAAAAUCGAAGCCGUGCGUACGUGGAAGACACCCGAGAAUGUGAAGGAGUUACAACAGUUCCUAGGCUUCGCUAAUUACUACAACAGGUUCGUACCACAGUAUGCGAGACUCGCAGCACCACUCACGGAUUUGCUGAAGAAGAACACACCCUACAAAUGGGAGCCGAAGCACCAGGAAGCCGUGGAGCAGCUGAAACAAGCACUCACGUCCGCACCAGUACUCAUCUUGCCAGAUCCCGAACGCGACUACGUUAUCGAAGCUGACGUCAGCGACCAGGCAGUGGGAGCAAUCUUAAUGCAAGACCAAGGAAAUGGACUGCAACCAAUCGCCUACCUCAGCAAGAAACUGCACGGGGCAGAACUAAACUACCCAAUACACGACAAAGAGGCCCUUGCCAUCGUCAUCGCCUUCAAAGCGUGGAGAUGUUAUCUCGAAGGACGAAGAACAACCGUCUACACCGACCACUGCAGCCUGAAAUAUUUGAAGACACAACCAAACCUUUCUAGGCGGCAGGUCCGGUGGAUCGACUUCCUCGAGACACACUUCCACUACGACAUCGUGUACAAGCCCGGCCACAAUAACAAAGCAGACGCCCUCAGCCGGCCUUUACACGUACCCAAUUACCCUCCUUUGCGCCAGUUACUACUCGAAGAAUACCACGACGUCCUCUACGCCGGACACUUCGGUAGCAACAAAACGCGGACCGGUAUUGCAAAACACUACUACUGGCCCCACUUGGUAGUGGAUGUUCCGAAAUUCGUCACCUCGUGUGAUACAUGUCAGCGGAUGAAGAGCAGCAAGCAGAAAAAGGCGAGACUACUGCAGCCUCUUCCUGUCCCAGAACAACCAUGGCAAGUGGUUAGCCUGGACUUCAUCACCGGGUUACCACCUACCACCAGCAGUCAUGACGCAAUCCUUGUCAUCAUCGACAAAUUCUCCAAGAUGGGACACUUCAUCCCGACACACACGACAGCACGCACCGAGGAGACAACACAGCUAUUCGUUUGGUACAUCAUCUCACAGCAUGGCAUUCCAACCACACUUAUCUCCGACCGAGACCCCAAGUUCACCAGCAAGUUUUGGAAGGAACUUAUGUCUCUACUCGGGACCAAACUUGCCAUGUCAUCCGCCUACCAUCCGCAGACAGACGGACAGACCGAGCGCCUCAACCAAAUUGUUGAGCAACUCGUCCGAGCAGCCUGCAAGGACGAGAUCUCCAAAUGGGACUUGCACCUGCCUGUUCUAGAGUUUGCUUACAACAACGCUACACAUGCCGCUACUGGACAGACACCGUUCUUCCUCUGCUACGGACGCCACCCACUCACACCACAGAAACCGAUAACAUCAGCAACAGUCCAACCAGUACACGACUUCAUCACAACCAUGCAUCAGCUUUGGGAUCGGACCCACAAGCGCCUCCUGGACAUUCAGCAGCAACAAAAGCGCCAGGCCGAUCGCCAUCACAACGACCACACCAUCACGGUGGGAGACCAGGUGCUUCUUGACACCCGCAACCUGGACAUCAGCCACCUCCCAUCUAAACUCCAACCUCGCUUCUGCGGGCCUUUCCUCGUUGAACCACAGGUCACUCCUGUUACCUUCCGCUUACGCCUGCCAGCUACCUGGAAGAUUCACAAUGCCUUCCAUGUCCAACUUCUGAAGCCCUAUCGAGAUCCGAACACGAUCUUCGUCGGACGCCAACCGCCGCCGCCGUCGCCCGUCCUCAUCCAGAAUGAACCCGAGUACGAGGUCGAGUCGGUGCUUGCACACCGCCGUCGUCGGAAUGGCACCGUGGAACUUCUCAUCCGUUGGAAGGGUUAUGAUCCUUCUGAGGACAGCUGGGUACCUGAGUCCGACAUAGGGUGAUUCUAUAUUCUAGAAGGGUCUA